AUGCUUGGUAGCGAUGACAUUGCAAGCACAGAAAAUGGAAAGAGAAUUUUCAGAAUAGGAGAAGUAAUAAAUAAGUGGAAUAAAUAUACUUUUAGGGGAUCAUAGAAGAACUACAAAAAUAUUUUGAAUAUCAGGAAUUUGUGCGUUGUCCUUGUGAGUGUUCUUUUAGUCCUUGUACUUACUUAGCUGAAAACCAGGUACUAUGCAAUAUCUACGGGCGAUUACUCAGCUGAGCCAAGGUAAAUCUAAUAUGCUAAGAAGAUCUCGAGCUAUGAAUAUGAGAAGCAGAAGUACCUAUACACUCAGGAAUAGAUCCAUAAACUGUAAAAAAGCAAACUCUACAAAGACAAAAUGGCUUAGAUUGAAGCUUAAAGGCAAUAAUGA